AUGACGUCGUUCCAUAGUGCAACGGCGAGCACCACGUCAUCCUUUGGAAACCUGGUACUUUUGGCUAGGCAGUGCUUUAAUCGUUGUUUCUGUCAUUUUUGUGGUACUUCAUCCGGACGUAACGCACGUAUCAACGAAAAUAAUAGACAAAACGCUCAGGAAUUUAAUCAGCCGAGAACUAAUGAAAACCAGAUAUCUAUAAGUAUAAUUCCCACAACGUUUUCGUCGCAGAGAAAGAUGCUGGUAAUCGGUGCGCAGCCGAGCUUCACGCAUAUGAGUAAGACCUGGAACAGUGCCUUUCUCAUUUUACAUUCACCGCUAAUUUAUAUGCACGUCUGAAAAGAUUAUUCGUUUACAUUGGAAAAAUUAAAUCUAAUUAAAAAAAAAAAAAGAAACGAAGUGAAAAGACGCCGAACAAGUUGCAAAAUAUGAUAAAAAAUAUAUAUGCUUGUCAUGCAAAUUAUUUGCCCUUUUAAAAGGUCAUCUUUUUUUGCAGAUUAAUAAAAAUUGUAUACAUAGUAUUGAUCUUAGUACUGAUCUCUCGCGCAUUUCUAUGCACCAAUAAAAUACUGAUUUAUA